AUGGAGUCAUUUAUCAAAGUCAUUCUCGAUGAUAUCCCAACCAAACAACGAACGCGUGUGAAGCAGGUUCUACAAGGCAAUGAAAAGAAGACCUGGCGGUGGCUGCGGGCGGCGAUAAGCCUGAUUAUGAAUACGUUCAAAGAAGAGAGAGGUGACUCUCUACCAUAUUCAGAUAUUGAUGUCUUGCUGAAUGACUUCCCUAUGGAUGUGCAAGGUGUUUAUGAAAAAGCAUUGGAUAUGACGAGCGCUAGAUGGGGCACACCGCUAGUCAAAAAGAUGCUACACAUUCUCCUAGCUACACAGCGACCUCUAUCAUACAGUGAGCUAUUGUUGGUCAUCGAGCUUGCCGACUCUGAUCUAACUGCAGCUAUAUCCACACCACAUCGCCUAUCUUACGGGCAAAUGGCUAAACGGCACCCUGAACAAAAGGUCUUGGUUACGGGACUUCUGGAUGGAGUCCUGCUAAGAACCAGGUCAACCGGGAAUCUGAUACACAAAUCAGCCGGCGAAUUUCUUCUCCAGAAAGCCGAUACUCAAACCCCACUACUGUCAAGACCAUCAACCGCUUGGCAAGGCAGUAUCAACAUGACCACCGGACAUGAACUCCUCACUCGAGCAAGUCUCUCAUUCCUCCUAACCCUCAAAAUGAAAUCAUACGUGCACUACAACGAACACAAAUACAAAAAGCCAAAAAUACAAAGAAACAUGCGACGCGAGCAACGCAAGUCUCCAUUCCUGCGAUACGCGGCGCAAUACUGGCCAACUCAUUAUAGCCGCCAAUCCCAAUCUGCCGCAGCGAAAAGCCUUGAUGCUGUCAGGGUACUUUGUAUUGCGGAUGGCCCGGAGAGAAAUAAUUGGAUCUAUCUGUACAGCGGAAUCGGAGGGUGGGCGUGGAGUGAUAUCGAUGUCGUUGCGCACCUCGGUAUCAUCGCUUUGGUUGGAGAGGUACUCGACAAGGUGGGAGAUACUGAUCAGGAGACAUUCUCUCGUGGAAAUCCUGAUAGCUGGCAUGGUUGGCAGUGGAGAAGGAUAUGUCCGGUAUACAAAGCCGUUCAACGGGGAGACAUCGGAGCUACGCGAAUACUAUUCGACCAUGGCUUCAUUCUGCGAAGGGGGUGUGAAUGUGAUCGAUCACUGACAACUGCCGCUCGAAACGGACACGCAGAGCUAGUUCAACUACUCCUGGACGAGGGAGCAGAUAUCAAUGGAGAGAGCGAAUUCCAUGGUACUGCUUUGGCAGAUGCAUGUUAUAAUGGCCACGAAGAAGUGGUAAAAAUCCUCUUGGAUCUUGGCGUGAAUGUCAACACUGGAUUAAGCAAUAUUGGUCUUGCAUCGCGGAAUUCACUCGAGGCGGCGGCUUAUGGAGGUCAUUUAGGGAUUGUGCAGAUUCUUUUGGAGCAUGGUAUUCACGUCCAUUCUUAUGGAACCAGGGCACUCUGGGAAGCAGCUGGUGGAGGGCAUGAGGAGAUUGUAUGUCUUUUGUUAGCGGCCGGCGUCACACCUGACGUCUAUUACAAUAGUCGAUCUGGUAGUGCACUUUGCAGGGCUAUUCGCUAUGGGCAUAGGCGAGUUGUGCAGUUGCUUCUUGAUCAUGGAGCGAGGGUUUUUGAAGGGGGGAUGAGGGAAGCGCUGUCGAAGGGGAACGGGGAGAUUGCUGGGAUGCUGCUUGAAUCGUAUAUUUCUUCGCUUUUUAUUGAAAACCCAUCAGAGCAAGUCCGCUCUACGGAGGAAGGACUUGGAAUAUAA